CAGCAUGCACCACCUUCUCCUCCUCCACCACCCAUACAUUCAUUCUCAUCUCUUGAUCUGAUCAUUCGUCUCCAUUUUUAUGCUUUUAUUUAUUAUUUAUUAUUUUUUAUGUUUGCAUUACAAAAAUGGCUUCACUCAAGGUGGAUGAUCAUGAUCAUGAUCAACUCAAGCAAUUGAAGGACAUCUUCGCAAGAUUUGACAUGGACUCAGACGGCAGCUUGACCAUCCUAGAGCUUGCUGCACUCCUUAGGUCCAUCGGACUCAAGCCCUCCGGCGACCAAAUCCACGUCCUUUUAGCCAACAUUGACUCCAACGGCAAUGGCUUCGUCGAGUUUGACGAAUUGGUCAACGCCAUUUUGCCCGACAUGAACGAAGAAGUACUGAUAAAUCAGGAGCAGCUUUUGGAGGUUUUCCGAUCGUUCGAUAGGGAUGGCAAUGGCUACAUAACUGCGGCUGAGCUGGCAGGAUCUAUGGCCAAAAUGGGUCAGCCAUUAACGUACAGAGAGCUCACGGAGAUGAUCCAGGAAGCUGAUGUUAAUGGCGAUGGUGUCAUUAGCUUUCAUGAAUUUGCUGCUGUAAUGGCAAAGUCUGCUUCUGGUUUUCUAGGCCUCGCUUUUUCCUGACUGAUUUAUUUAUUUAUUUAUUAUUCAUUUUCAAGAUGAUGAUCAUUCUUGUUGAUAUGAUCAGAAUUUAUCAUCUCUGUUUGACUAAUUUUAGAUGGUUACAGCCACAGAGAUUUAAUUAGUACUGUAAAUUAUGCUCAUGAAGAAAUUCAUGUCCUUUGAACAAUUCUAUUUGAACAAUUCUAUUAAAAUGAAAUUGGUUUUAGGUUGAGGGA